AUGCUGGCUUCCAUCCCACCUGAUCUGAUCUCGUCUGAAGUCACUGCCGAGAACGUCACAGCACAUAAAAACUUCACCGAAACACCUUACCCUCCGCCCUUGGACAACGCCUCCACACAUCUUUGCCAACCUCGUAACUGCAGUGGUUUCUUUUUUUGUUUGGGGAAAAUGUCUGAUCUGCAAUCUGCUGUAGCUCUCCUCAUCAAAGUUUUCCACUCCUACUCUGGAAAAGAAGGGGACAAGCACAAGCUGAAUAAAGCGGAGCUGAAGACCCUGUUAAAGAAUGAAUUGGGAUUAAAAGAUGACGGUAGCCCCGAGGUCCAGGAUAUUAUCAAGAGCCUGGAUGCAGACAAAGACGGUGAAGUGGACUUCCAGGAGUAUGUCAUUUUCGUUGCUUCACUGGUCAUGGUCAUGGAGGAAUUCUUCAAAAAGUGAUGACAGCUGUAUGAAAAGCAAGAACACCCUGAGUUUUAAGAAAUAAUAAGUCUAAUAUUUUGCAUUUAAUCAAUAACCCUUUCUUUACAUUCAUAUGCUAAUAAUGUUAUUUGGGUGAUGGAAGUUGUAAUAAUAACAUAAUGCAAUAUAUGCAUGCUAAAAAACACUUCUGAUAUUCUUGCCAUUUUGCCUCCAUCUCAAUAAAGAUCACAUCCUGUUUU